UAACCCUUGUUAAUUUACAGGUUUACCCUUUGAUGACUUGCUAUAUAUUUCCGUUACUCCUUUUGGUUUUAAGUGCAGUUUCAAAGUCUUCCCAACGUAAACAUGACAAAAAUGGUUUCUAGCUUUCUUCUGCUCUUUCUGGCAUUCAACCUUGCAAAAUCUGACCCAUUCCUCGGAGUGAACUAUGGCCAAGUCGCCGACAACCUUCCACCAGCAUCCGCAACCGCAAAACUCCUCCAAACCACCGCCUUUGAAAAAGUACGACUAUACGGAACCGAUCCCGCCAUAAUAAAAUCCCUCGCAAACACCGGAAUCGGAAUCGUAAUCGGAGCCGCAAACGGCGACAUUCCCUCCCUCGCUUCCGAUCCAAGUUUCGCCAAAACCUGGAUAUCGACCAACGUCCUCCCUUACUAUCCCGCCAGCAACAUCAUCCUCAUCACCGUCGGCAACGAAGUCAUCACUUCAAAUGAUACAAAUCUCAUAAACGGAAUGUUACCAGCUAUACAGAACAUUCAAAAAGCGCUUGAUGAAGCUUCUCUUGGUGGUAAAAUUAGGGUUUCUACUGUUCAUACGAUGUCGGUUUUGAAAAACUCGGAGCCACCUUCUGCUGGAAGUUUUCAUGAUGAAUAUAGUACCGUUUUGCAGGGUUUGUUGUCGUUUAAUAAGGAUACUGGUUCUCCUUUUGCUAUUAAUCCUUAUCCUUAUUUUGCUUAUAAAAGUGAUCCUGGAAGGGCUGAUAAUUUAGCUUUUUGCCUUUUCCAACCGAAUGCCGGUCGGGUUGAUGCAAAUACUAAGCUCAAUUACAUGAAUAUGUUUGAUGCUCAGGUGGAUGCUGUUAGAUCUGCACUAGAUUCUAUGGGUUUUAAGGAUGUUGAGAUUGUGGUUGCGGAGACAGGGUGGCCUUACAAAGGAGAUAACGACGAGGCUGGACCGAGCAUUGAGAAUGCAAAGGCUUACAACGGUAAUCUGAUUAAGCACCUGCGAUCUAAGGUUGGGACACCCCUGAUGCCAGGAAAAUCAGUGGACACAUACAUCUUUGCCUUGUAUGAUGAGGACUUGAAGCCUGGAGCUGGUUCUGAGAAAGCCUUUGGGCUUUACAACACUGAUCAAUCGAUGAUCUAUGACGCUGGCCUCUCUAAGCAACAAAGCACUACUCCUACACCUACUAGCAGCCCCGUGGUCUCCCCGAUUAAUCAAGAUGUGUCAAAAUCUCCUAUGAAUUCAACGCCAAAAGUUCCAAGUCCAACAACGCCGUAUAAUAGUAACAUAGCAUGGUGUGUGCCAAAAGCAGGAUUAACUGAUGUGCAACUACAAGCAAAUUUGGAUUAUGCUUGUGGGCAGGGGAUUGAUUGUAGCUUAAUCCAACCAGGAGGUGCUUGUUUUGAACCUAACACGUUAGCUAACCAUGCUGCAUACGCCAUGAAUCUCUUCUAUCACACUGUUGGGCAAAAUCCAUUAACUUGUGAUUUUUCACAAACAGCCACACUAACAUCAAAUAACCCAAGUUAUAAUAGUUGUAUUUAUACUGGAGGGAAUGCAUAACCUAAAAAACAAGAAAGUAGAUAAAGGAUGAUGCUAUUUUUAUUUUUGUUGUUUUAACUUUUAAUUAUUGUUUAUUAAUUAUCGUUAAAAAAAUGUUUUGGUUUGAAGAGUGCUCGGAAAUAAAAGAGUGGUGUCUGUGCAGAGGAGGGUCUUCCUCCUCCUCUAUUUCUGUUAACGUUUUUAAUGUCUCUAUUAGAAGCAAGCUGUGCAUUUUCUAUGAUGUAUGUUUGUUGAGUCAUUAUUGAAAUCUUGAUAUCCAAGUUAUUCAAAUAA